AUGUGGUUCACCGAGACAUGGCUGCACAAGGACAUUACGGACCAGAUUGUCUCUGUGGAGGGCUUUCACACCGUCCGGGCCGACCGGGACACUAAGAGCGAGUCCAUCACGGACUACAUCAACUUCUGUGUGGACUGCAAUGUCCCAGCUCAGACUGUCACCUGUUACGCCAACAAUAAACCUUGGAUCACCAAAGAUAUAAAGGCCAUUUUGAAUGAGAAGAAGAGGGCGUUCAGAGAUGGCAACCGUGAGGAGACCCCUGUCAGCUCUUCACUACCUCAAUCCACAUCCACUGACGCCACCCCUCCCCCCUGGUUCACAUCAUGUCCUCAACAACCUGAGUACCUCAACCCUCCCCCUAGUGUUACCUCUACAGUGUCCUUCACUCCUGACCUGCUGUGUGGAAUACUUAGCCAAGUCUUCAGCCUGAGCCUGCACCUCCAGAGAGUCCCCGUGCUGUGGAAGACGUCCUACCUCAUUCCUGUGCCAAAGACGCCGCGUCCCAGCGGCCCUCAGGACUACAGGCCAGUGGCACCAACGUCCCAUAUCAUGAAGACCUUUGAGAGGUCUACAUGGAAUGUCAGUCCAUGUGAUAGUUCUGGUGGGAUACACGCCGGCGUACCGGCUGGAGCCGCGGGGGCGGCGGCCCGUCCGGGCCAGCCGCAGCGCGUCACCUUCACGGAGGAGGCGGACUCCAUCGUCAACGAGGGGGAGAGCGACGGUCGGUGGCUCCUGGUCAGGCAGCAGGCCUAUAAGGUCAGCCUCCCGGGUCGCUCUUCUUCACCGGCCUCCUGCUGGGGAACGUCCUCUUCGGGCCCCUCUCCGACAAGAUCGGCAGGAGACCCGUCUACCGACAGGUCUGCGCGGGUCCGUUCUCCUGGUGGGGCUGAUGAACGGCGGCAUGGCCUGGUGUGCUUCGUCCUGGCCCGAUACGUGGGCAAGCCCUACUGGGCCAUGACCGGGACGCUGAGCAGCAUGAUCUUUGCCGUGGGCAUCGCUCUGUUCGGGGCGCUGGGAUACCUGGUGCGGCCGUGGAGGACUCUGGCCUUGGUGGCCAACUCCUCAGGCGUCCUCGUCUUCCUGCUGUCGGUAACUCUUCCAGAAUCUCCUCGCUGGCUGUUUUCUCAGGGACAGACGGAGCGAGCAGAAGAGGUUCUGCGCUACAUGGCGGUGAGGAACGGCACCAGCGCCACCAGCCUGGUUCUGCAGCGCGUCGGCGGCGCCGGCAGCCCGGUGAGGAGCCGGGGCGGCGUGCUGCAGCUGGCGGUCCACCCGGUGCUGCGCCUCAGGACGCUGGUGCUCAUGUAUGUGUGGUACGCCUGCAGUCUGGUGUACUACGGCCUGACUCUGGGGGCCGGCGGCACGUCGGGGAGCCGCUUCCUCAGCGUGGCCAUGUACGGCCUGGUGGAGCUGCCCGCCUACCCGCUCUGCAUUUACUUCAUCAACAAGAGCUGGGCCGGCAGGAGGAAGAGCAUGGCCAGCUUCCUGUUUCUGGCCGGCGCCGCCUGCCUCUGCACCAUGUUGGUCCCGGAGAACCCAGGGGCUCUGCUGAGCGUCACGUCUCUGGCUCUGCUGGGGAAGCUGAUGGUGAGCGCCGCCUUCAACAUCGCCUACGUCUACACGUCUGAGCUCUACCCCACUGCGAUCAGGAACGCCGGGCUGGGGGUCUGCUCCAUGUCCUGCAGGGUGGGAGGCAUCCUGGCGCCGUUCGUCCCCUCCAUGCGAGCUCUCCACGCCUCCAUGCCCUUCACCGUGUUCUGUCUGAGCGGCCUGUCUGCAGGCUGUCUGGGCCUCCUGCUGCCCGAGACCCUCAACAGGCCCGCCGCCGAGACGCUGGAGGAGCUGAGCAGUCCGAGCCACGGCCGGGUUCUGGAGAGCAAGGCUCUGCUCUACCAACAUGAGAAACGGGGGUCGACCCACAAGUGAAGCCGUCGGCCUCGUCUUCCAGCCUCCAGGGAACGGCGGCUUCAGAGCGCCGAGGCGUCCCUCAUGUCCGGCCAGCGUCUCCGGGUCUCCUGCACGGUUCUGCACGGUUCCGCCUCAGGGCUUUAGCUCCGGGUUCUGUCGUGAUGUCGGCGCCGUUGGCUGCAGAGAAGCACAAACUUAGACUCAAAGAUGAACCGUUGCUGUCGGAGCGGUCUGGGAAAACCCAGAACAAACCAGGUCACAGAUUACAGAACCCAGAAUCCAGUGACCCAGAACAUGGAAACAUGAGCCGCUGGGAGCAGAGCUCUAAGCUUUCACCGGGUCAGAACCACCUGAACCUGCUCCUGGUUCUGACCCGGUAGAGAUGGAAAAGCAGAACCUCUGCUUCAGGUUAAGGGUUGAUGAUGUAAUGGAGGCUCAUGGUUCGGAUCAGCACCAGCAGGUGUUUUACAUCCUGAAUGGUUCCUUUCUGGUCCGGGUUCCAGGUCAGAGCGGAUGUUCUCAUACAGAACCGGUGGUGGUGAUCAUUAUGAGGAUCCUAAAGGAGGUUCAGUGAGCCGGACCUCUGGAACAUCUGAGUUUGGGUUCUAUUGCUUCUCAGUGAUUCUGAUAAUUAAAACGGUUUCGUGGUCCACGUGUUACAGCGAGAACCGGACCUCGCCUCAGUUAAUCUGCACUUUAAGUGAAAUCCUGCCAGUUUAUGGGACCAAACCUGAAUAUUUAAAUGGAGCUUUUUAUUCGUAUAACAGUUUAUAUUAAAUUCUGAUAUAUUUUUCCACUUCGGCCCAACAGGGCUGAGAAGAAACGGCUAAAUCAGCCAAAGUUGUGUUCAAGUGAGUCAGGAAAUCUCAGCGCCUGAAGGUUUCAUUAGAAAGAAAAGUGGAAUAAAAUCUGAUUCAGAUUAAUAAUGUUGGUGAUUUAAAUGCUAAUUAAAGGUUCUGGUCGGGUGAAGGGAUGAAAGGUUCUGGAUUAAAAACACUAAAACAUUCCUGGAAGUUAAUAUUUGAGGAUUAAAUGACGUUUUUUUUCCCUCUGGUUUUCUGUUAAGCUGUUUUGUAUGUAGAUGAUAUUAAUGUUCAUUAAACCUGUUGCUGCAUCUGCAGGAUUUAUUGGUUCUGAAUAAAUAAAACGUUCCUCUUCCUCA